AUGUCUCUCCCUGGAUGGCCUGUGAGGAUACUUGUAUUUCGACUUCAUCACCCCGAAGCCCCACGAUUUGCUUUUGCUGAAGCGAGCAGUGAUCGAGCAGAGCGAGAAGACAUCCUAGCACUAUCACGGACGAAGGCAGAUGAGACAGUUUUUAAUAUCUUGCAGAAGCCCAUUGAUCGACAGAUUGCCGAGCAAGCACUUUUUACAGCUCGUAAGCCCGAUCAGUAUCACUAUUGUGACCAGGAAGAAUGCAUCCAGCAGAUCCUGGGUGCGUUCGCAGCUGCAAUACCUAGCCCUAGAAGCAGCGGACUGGUUGCGGGACAAGAGGUUACCAGAGAACACGACCAGCCACCAAAGCGAUACGGCCGACCGAAUGCUCUUGAUCAUGAUUAUGACAAAGCUCAUCUCUUUCUUCCUCAGAUGCAGGAUGAGGUCGACGUCGAGCGAAAAGAAAUAGACAGUCUUUAUUCACACGCACCCAAAUCUCAAUUCGCACGCCGCACAUGCAGCCACAGCGCCUCCGAGAUCGGAGCCCAAUAA